GUGCGUGUCGUGAAGUGAUCGCAUAUCUGAUGGUGCCGAAAUAUAGUCUUUCCUCCUGCCUCCGCGCCGUGCGCGCCUGCCCGACGGCGUCGAGAGCCCGCACCUGUCGGCCACCCUGCACUCCCCCUUCUCGCCCCUGAGCCCCGUGUCGCCCCUAUAUCCUGACGGCUUGAUGGAUGCGCAGUGGAUUCUCAAGCACCAGGACCUUGUCCCCAGCGUUCUGCUCUGCUUCUACGACCUUGUCUCGGAUCCUACGCUUGCUACCCUCUGUGACAACCGUCUCAAGACAGACCUGAACAACCUGCGGGGCCUUCUGAGCCAGUCGGGCUAUAAGACGCGGCUGGCCGUUGUGCUAUUCAGCGAUCAGGACACUCACUCGGUCGACAGCGUCCAGGAACGUCUCGAGGCCAUCCGCAGAGCUUGCGCCAUAGAUGCCAAGUCGCUGUUCCUCGCCCCGUCCAGCGAAUCCCCCGACGAGCUAGAGCGCAUGGCCGAGAACAUGCUGACGACGCUUUACGGCGUAGCCAUUGAAUACUUUCGUGACCUCGGCAGGCAUUCCCGCAAGAAGAAGGCCAGGGGCGUGGUCCCCCAGCCGACAGUGCCGCCCACCUCGGGCACUUCGCAGACUCUCUCUCAGGCUGGAUGGAACGUUCGCUAUGACUUCAAGUCGGCCAUGUUCGCAGAGUACCGGUUGGAGCUGGGCAAUGCGUUGCUGUCGUUUGAGCAGGCCUACGAAAACCUGCUCGGUCCCGAGCUGCUCGAGGCCAUUCCGAGCUGGAGCCCGCGGUGGAACGAGGCCCGUUUUCUCGCCGACGUCAUUGCCGUGCGCUGCCUUCGAUGCCUGCUCUGGAACGGCCAGCACAGUGCCGCCGCCCGGCGCUGGCAGUCGCAUCGAGAUAGGAUUGCCGAGUUCGUCGACCGUCGUGGCCGGGGCAUCUCCAACUACGGGUGGAAGGCCUGGGAGGCACGCUGGGCAAUCAUUAUGGCAAACCUGAUCGAGAGGACCGCAGUCUCCGGCUUUACCCCUGCCACCAUGAACCUCUACCUCCAGCCCGAAAAGAAUGUCAUGGGGGAGCGCCUGCAGCCGUGGGAAAUGCUACAUCACACGGGCUACUGGUACCACCUGGCGGCGAAGCAUUUGAGUGCGCGGCGGAAUCUGGCCCACGCCAUGUCCGAAGACGACAGGCGGCCGCCGAGCUCCUCUCCAGCCUCUCAUGUCGCCAACAAUGCGUUUACGUACGACACAUACAUGUGCCCAGAUCCCCAUGAUGAGUACCCUUUGAACGGCGCCGGCGGUGUAGACCAUAGCCGCAUGAUUGUUGAUUGCCUAAAGCGGGCUCGCUCCGAGUUCCUCAAGAGACACCAGUUUCGGUUUGCCGCCGAGCUGUCUCUCGAAUGCGCCAAGGAACUUGCCCUCGUCAGGGACUGGAAGAGGGUUGUCGAGUUGCUGCGCUCGCUCUGGCGGGACAUGUCUUUCCGCUCCGAGGGUUGGGUAGCCAUUGCAGAGGAUUUGAGUUGGGCCCUUAGAUCAGCGGCCGCUGCGGUUGGCGACGCCGAUUUGAUUAUUGCCAUCGACUGGGAACUGCUAGGUCAAAACUUUACAAGGCGCACCAACUGGCACUACGACAUCACGAGGUCCCUGGAAGGCAUAGCGCCCAAGUCCAAACCCAGUGUCCACAUUGAGCACGGAGAGCUUCUUCCUUUUGUUUCCGCCUCCUUCGUCUUUAGGGACGAGGAGGGCAAGGCUGGCCAGAGCACCCGAGGGCAGCUGGCAAUCAAAUCCAAUGCGCAACAAGGGUCCGCGCCCGUCGUACUAAAGAGCAUAGAGAUCGAGUUCAGUGGAAGUGUUGGCCGCGUCGUUCUACAGCAUCAAGCGGGCGCCGCCACAGAACCACGCAAACAUGGCUCCGUCGCGCUGUCGGCCGUGUCCUUGACAGAUGCCGCCGAAGACGGCGCGAAAUCAGAAGUCGAGAAUCUGGACGAAUCAAACAGGAAACUCACCUUGCGUGGGAACGCUAACCUGACCUUGCUGCCGAGCCAAACUACAGUGUUCGGCGUUGAUAUACCCCUUCGAGAAGCCGGCGAAACGCGUGCUGUUUCGCUGAAGUUGAGCUUUGAGUCGGAAGCUUUUGACUUGCAGCAAUCCCUCUACUUUGGGAGCGGAAUCAAUAGCUCCAACCUGUGGUACAUCUCAGCGUCGUCUACCAAACGCAUUGCCCGGGCAAUCCCCCUUUCCGUGCGCGUCUUGCCAAGGCCUCCGAAGUUGAAGAUCAAAGCCCCAGCCUGGAAAGACCAGUACUACAACGACGAGCCCAUUCAGCUCGAGUUUGAGAUUGUCAAUGACGAGGCCGACGGAGCCCUAGCCAAGCUUGAUGUCGACCUGUUUGGCGAAGACACGCCUGUGUUUAGCAUUGAGGUGGUAGGCCAGGGGGCUGGUGACGCCCUCCCCAGCAGCACGGUCGUGAACGAUGAGAGCAAGUUGCGUGGCCUUUCUCUCGGGACUAUCGAAAGUUCAAAGGCGCUUACCGUCCGCCUCAAUGUGCCCCCCAUCGAGCGGUCUAACAGAUACGACUUGACAAUGCGGGUCACAUACCACCUCUCGACGGACCCUGGGACACCCAUCGUGCAGACCGCCCUCCUCCAGCUCAACGUUGUCAACCCAUUCGAAGCCAACUAUGAUCUGCUCCCGCGCGUGCAUCCCGAUCCCUGGCCGAGCAUGUUUGACUACAAUGGCGUUAAUGGUCUCUCAGGUGGUGAUGACGAUGGCAACGACGGCAGUAGCGGCAGCGGCAAUGCUGCUCAUGCUGCUUCUACUGCUCUAACAAAUAUGUCUCAUAAGGGAAUUUCCCAGGCAUGGUGUCUGGUAACUCGUUAUGCCUCGUUUGCGUCGGAGGACCUCCGUGUCGUCAACGUCGACAUCCGCGUCCAGACGGCAAGGACGGUGCGGUGCUUCCACACCAAGCAGCCCGGUGUGCUUCCACUGGCCGACGAAGACCGUGGGCGCGGGCGACUGAUCCGUCCGCGGACCAUUGUGGAGGCCGCCUUCGACAUCGACGCGCGAAAAAGCACGCUCGACGACCGCAGCCCCUCAACCCUCGACGUGUCCUUCGUCAUCAAGUGGACGCGCUGUCACCCAGAUACUUCUUCGUCAGAAGUAGUAGUCAACACCACGACACUCCCCGUCCCCCGCUUCACUCUGUUUGGCACCGAGCCGCGCGUGCUGGCUUCUGUUUCACACAUCCCGCCCAACCCUCCGUCACUCAACAAGGACAACAGCAGCCCAAGGACGCCACAGCUCACGGUCCUGCACGUCAUCAUCGAGAACGCCUCGGCCCACUUCCUCACUUUCGGCGUCUCCAUGGAGCCCAGCGACGAGUUCGCCUUCUCCGGCCCCAAGCAGACAACCCUCAACCUACUCCCCGUGUCGCGCCGCUCCGUCACCUACCGACUCCUACCCCUACCGCGGCCACCACCGCCCACCCCAACGCCCACCACGCCUAGCGCCAACAAGGCACUGCCGCCAACUCCAGCGACUCCAGGCGGUGGCGCCGACGGCGCCGGCGGCACCUGGAUCAAGCCCGGCCUCGUCGUCCGCGACAAGUACUUCCAGAAGGUGUUGCGCGUGAUCCCCACCGAGGGCAUGAAGCUCGACAAGGACGGCGGCGUGCUGAUCUGGAUCCCCCCCGACGAGGAAGAAGGCGAAGCACGGAGCGGGGAGAAAGUCGAAGCGGCAGAAUAGGAAUUGCCGGGGCACCUAGGUUACCUAGUUCGUCUGUAGGCCAUCAAAUAUUUGCAACGUACUUUGGCAGGGGCGUUGGUUCUCGAUUCUGGUAAUUAAGGGGUAUGUAUGCCAGAGGGCAAGAUGAGAGAUGUCCCGAAUUUAAUAUUUAGGUUCUUUCUCGUUCCAAGCCUAGGUCAAGAAAAUGGAGGGAUAGGAGAAUGUUUGAGCGGAAGGCGACUAUCGGUCUCUUUUUUCGGUUUCUGAUGUUUGUAGGUUGUAGUAGAGAUGCUUAUUGGCACACUAGGUGCCUGCUGAAACUUGUUGUAGAUAGCGAGGCUGUUUUAUCGCCAGAAAUUACGGGGAUCUGUAAACAUGGAAAUGGUACAUUAGUUUGCCUACUUCGUAUUUGCUGUCAUGUCGUGACAUCAACACUCAACAGAGA